ACAUUAUUUAUAUAUAUGAGCAACUUUUGGGUCCAAUAAUAAUACUCACAUCAAUUUCUUCCACUUAGUUGAGAUCUUUGAAAGACAAAGAUAGAUUCUUACAAAAAGAAAAAUUAAAUUGUAACUUUUUGGAUGGUAUCGGACAGGAAAUCUCUCAAGAAUCACAAAAGCACUAGUCAUGGCGUUACAAAACAAGGACCAAUCAGUGGCCUUAGAUAUGUGAUAAACACACUAAGGACGAAUUGUCACGAUUCAAUCUUGUUGGAAUCUUUCAUUAGAGGAGUGGUAAGAGAUGUGGUGGAAAGCAAAUUCCAAGAGCGCCUACUUUCAAGUGAAAAGGCUAAUGAGGCUGGCAAAUCUGGAGCCAGACCAUUGGAAUUGUGUUUUAUUAACAAUAAUAACAACAAGUUGUCUGGUCCAUUUUUUAGUCAGUCAAACAUAAUAGCAAAGGAUGAACCACCCCUUCAAGUUGCACUAUUUGAUGUUGGAUCUAAGUCAAUAGUCAACGUUGGUCCUUUCUCCUCAACAAAGAUAGAGAUUUGUGCUCUAGAUGGUGGAUUUGGCAGUGAGGAUUGGACUGAAAUUGAAUUUAAAGCAAAUAUCUUACGUGAAAGAGAUGGGAAACAGCCAUUAUUGGUUGGGGAGAGGUUUAUUACUCUUAAAAAUGGAGUUGCUUCCAUCUCUAAAACUAUCUUUACUGAUAAUUCUAGAUGGUUAAGAAGCAAAAUGUUCAGGUUAGGAGUUAAAGCUAUGCAAAAUGGAGAUAUCAUUAAGGAAGGUAGAAGUCAACCUUUUAGGGUCAAAGAUAACAGAGGACAGCCCAACGAGAAACAUUUCCCUCCGUUCUUGAAUGAUUUUGUUUGGCGUUUGGAGAAAAUUGCUAAAGACGGAAGAUUCCACAAGCGGCUCUCUUCCAACGGAAUUCACACUGUUAAGGAUCUCUUGCAGUUACUCAUAAUCAAUGAAUCUUCAUUACAUGGGAUAUUUGAAAAGAUUCAGAGAAAGUCCUGGUUAGCAAUUAUCGAACAUGCCAAGUCAUGUGUUUUGGAUGAUCACAAGCUUUACAGUUAUGGGACAAUUGGGCAACCAAUACUGCUAUUCAAUGCUAUCUACAAACUUGUGGGAGUGACAUUUGAUGUACAAAAGUUCUAUUUACCAGAGACCCUCACGCCCAACCUGAAGCAUUCGGUAGAAAUUGUGAAGCAGGAUGCUUACAAAGAUGUGUGUAAUUUAAAACCAGUUGAUGAAACUUUUCUGAACUCCAUAAGCCUAGGUGCAUGUAUACAAUCAGCAGGACAGUUCGGAGCUCCGGUUCAAGGUCAAACAGAUAUAGGGCAAGGUUAUGUUCAACCAUGUAUGUCUACUUCAUAUGUUAACGAAGGAAUGCAUGAUUACCAAAUCAAUCCUGAACCAGUGCCAGACAUAAGAGACAUACCACAAAACAAUCAUGUGGGAGCUGAAAUGUACAUCGAGGGAGAUAGUCAUGGAUCACGCUUUCCAGUUACACAAGGUGGUCAUUCAAUAGAGAAUCUUACAAAUUUUCCUCCUCUUGAUACAACAUGGGAACUUGAUUUUCUUGAUGUUGAAUUCCUUAAUUCUGCUAUGGAGAUAUUAAGCAGCGGGAAAUCAAAAGCAGUGUGGUGUAAGAUUCGGGCUGUUAUCAAAUGGGGAAUAUCAGUGAGAAAGGUUGCAGCUGCGAGGAGGAUUUAUUAGACUCUUGCUGUUUCAUAUUCCAUAUUAUAUUGAUGUUUGAUUGCUUAGUUUUGUGUUAGUGUUUUCUGAAGCUUACCUUGUUCAAUUUCAAUUGCAGUGAAGAGACGUGUAAGAUCGAGUCCUCGUGUGCAAUAUUAGUGUUAUCAUAAUGUGUAGGAUGUUUGUCUGUAAAAUAGUUUUAUACAUAAUGUCUAUCAUCAUUCAAAGUUUCUAUGUUGGUAGCUUGUAUUUAUUUCCCGUAAAAACAUUAUGUAAUAUUGAACAAACACAGAUCAAUGUGAUAAUAGUUUUUAUUUGUUAAAA